AUGCCCUCGUCCCCGCUCAGGGUGGCUGUGGUGUGCAGGAGCAAUGUGAACAGGAGCAUGGAAGCCCACAGCAUCCUCCUCAAAAGAGGGUUCCACGUCCAGUCUUUCGGAGUCGGAUCUCGGGUGAAGCUGCCAGGACCCUCAAGCAAUCGCCCGGUGAUCUACGAUUUCUCCACGACGUAUAAGCAGAUGUACGAGGACCUUUGCAGGAAAGACCGGGAAGGCUACAGCAGGAACGGAAUCCUGCACCUCUUGGGGAGAAACGAGAGGAUCAAGCCGCGCCCCGAAAGGUUUCAGGAGUGCAGCGACCCCUUCGACGUCAUCUUCACCUGCGAGGAGAGUGUGUAUGACCGAGUGAUGCAAGAGCUGUGGGCCAGGGAGCAGGCGACCUUCCAGCCCGUGCACGUGGUCAACGUGGACAUCGCAGACACCUUGGAGGACGCCACCCUGGGGGCUUUUCUCAUCUGCGAGCUGUGCCAGAGCCUCCAGCGGGCGGACGACGUGGACAGUCUGGAGGAGCUGCUGCUGGCCGCGGAGGAGAAAACAGGAAAGAGCUUUCUUCACACGGUCUGCUUCUACUGAAGGUCGUGGCUGGAGUUGGCGCCUUCGUUAGGUAACUUUCAUGUGGCGUUUUGGACUAGUCCGUAUUUUCUGAGAAGGGCUUUUAACGCCCUUUCCGCAAACUUCUGUUUGUGCGAUUUUUAGGUAUAUGCCACCAGGGAAGAGUUGAGCAAGAAAAAGCAUUUCUUGGGAAACGAGGACAAGGGCUAGUAGUCAUGGAAACAGUCCAAACCUGGGGACAUUGUUCUGGGUACUUUGGGCACAAGAAGUAAUUCAGCGCUCACGUGGGUCUGCGAGGACAUGACUGCCACGGCCUGCACUUUGCAGAUGAGCGAAGGAAAGUUUAUAAUGGAGUGCGGGACAAGUGAUUUGUUGAAGGAUAUUCAGCGAAUAAACAACAUUGAAAGGCAGCUGCUGGCCCGACUGAUCUCUGAACAUAAGGGAGAUCCUGCACUGCUUGAAUGUAAGAAGCAGCGCGUGCGGCAAGGGACCCAGACUGGACGAGGCCUCAUUUGACCUGUGCACGUGCGCACGCACGGACUGACUUUGCUUUGGUUCCUUAACCUCUUACCCCUUGUUGUAUGUUUGCUGUGUGACUUUGUAUUGUGCUUUGCUUUGUGUGA